AUGGUAAAAAUUGAGAGCCUUCCUAUAGAGAUCCUACAUCUUAUUCUGUCUCUCUUCAUCCGCUCAGAUGAUCUUGACGUACUGGGCAGCAGAGAUCUAAGCACGGAUGCCAAAGACGGCAGUCCAAAGGAAUUGGUUGAAGACGACUUUGACGAAUUUGAACUCGAAGGGACUGAGACUCUACGCAAUGCUUGCUUAGUAUCGCGGAAGUUCCGUGAGGUAGCCCAACCUUUGCUUUUCCGUGAUCUGUUUGAUGAUGGUUUGGCCGGGGAUGAUCCGAACCCAACCAUCUCUUUCACCAAAACAAUAUAUCAACGUCCAGACCUCCAAAAGCAUGUGCAUCAAAUUUCCAUCCUGCCUCUCCCAUUCAAUGCACGUGGUGGUAAACCCCUUUCUGCAGAGGACUCGGAGUUCUUCAAAGGCAUAAUUAAGGGGCUUAAAUUAGCCGAUCAUGAGGAAGCCUGGAUUGCGGCCAUGGAGAAACCCGACCUUGGCGUUUUCGCAGCAUUACUAGCCAACAAGACUCCCAAUCUUCGUGGGCUACACCUGCCACAGCGCGAAUUCUGGAUCUCUCCUUUCAUCCAGCUUUUGGAUCACAAUCCAGAAUUCUUGUCGAACGUCGAGUCUGUCUGGAUUGAAAGCGAUGACGAACUUGCCGGCUUCGAUAUUGGUUCUUACGAGAAAUUCCUCACCCUUCCCAAAGUCAUAUUUUCGACCUUCGAGUACGGUGAUCUCUGGGAUAAAUCUUUCCCAUCUACAUGGCUACCUGGAUCACUGGAGACGAAGGAACUGUCCUUCCACCACUGCCAUAUCGAUGCCGGCGCGAUCAAGAAGCUCAUGCAAGCGUGCAAGAACCUGAAAACUUUUACUUACAACAAUUUCAGCCUGGAUCCUAACGAGCGACGGGUCCUGCGCGAUGGAACCGCGCCCGAAUUCAACACCAAGGAGGCCCAGGAAGCCGCCCUCGUACAUAAGGACACUCUUGAGCUCUUCCACCUCGAGUUCGCAAUGGCAGCAGUAUGGGACGCCGAAAAUCCCGAGGAAUUGGCUUCCAGCCGCGUCAAGGCUGGCUCAUUCCGCGAAUUCUCCGUGCUGGAAACCAUCCUCAUCCCGCAAUCUUGUCUUCCAUCACACCCUCAAUUCCCCAGCUCGUUAAAGACACUCCAUGUCACCGACUGCAACUCAUCUAUCCGGGAGUUGGCUCAGAACGUUGCGACAGAUUGUAAAAAGGGUCUUUAUCCGAACUUGACUAACUUCAAGGUAUUGGCAAUCGAUAUCACUCAGCCCAUUAAACUUCCCGGACAACGUAUUCCGGAAGGGAAAACACCAGAGCAAUGUUUCAUUGCUCUUCGGGAUCUCUUCAAAGGAACCAAAGUCAAUUUCCAGAUCUUGCCGUAUGAUUUACCUGAAUUUGAUGAUUACGGUGAUCUCGACGAUUAUGAUGAAGACCUCGGUUUUGAGGAAGAUUUCCAAGGACCAGGAGAUCCCAGCGGUUCAAUCCCACCGCAGCUUUUCAACUUGCUUAUGCAGCGCGCUUUGAUGGACCCUGACUUUGCACACCUUCGCCACGGUGAGGAUAGUGGUGAUGAUUCGUGGGAAACUGAUGACAGCGAAUGA